AUGUUCAUUCUUUUAAGUCUGCAAAUUGACGCCUUCCACUCCAACAUGCAGGCGGGCACCCCCACCCUAACCCCGUCCAAUACCAGCGUUGAUGAUGUUAAAUUCAAUCAGAUAUUCCGCGCCGACUCAGCCCAGGAAAGCCUGGGACAUCUUGCCCUUAGUGCAGUCCCUGUAGGGUAA